CGCGCCGGCUUUGCUGUGUCACCGUCGCGCGGCUCCUUUCCUUUCGGUCCCCUCAGCCGCGCCGGCCUUCGCUUGCUUCUUCUCCUCCUUCUCCUCGGGCGCCAUGGAGUACCUCAUCGGCAUCCAAGGGCCCGACUUCGUCCUGGUGGCCGCCGACACCGUCGCCGCCUCCAGCAUCGUCCACAUGAAGCGCGAUCAUGACAAGAUGUUCAAGAUGAGUGAGAAGAUCCUGCUCCUUUGUGUGGGAGAGGCUGGUGACACGGUCCAGUUUGCAGAAUACAUCCAGAAAAAUGUCCAGCUCUACAAGAUGAGGAAUGGAUAUGAAUUGUCUCCAACUGCAGCUGCCAACUUCACCCGUCGAAAUCUGGCUGAUUAUUUGCGGAGCAGGACUCCUUAUCACGUGAACCUCCUCCUGGCAGGCUACGAUGAGCAUGAUGGCCCAGCCCUUUAUUACAUGGAUUACCUCGCCUCUUUGGCUAAGGCGCCCUUUGCAGCUCACGGUUAUGGAGCGUUCCUAACCCUCAGCAUCCUGGAUCGCUACUACAAACCAGGUAUCACCCGAGAAGAAGCACUGGACGUUCUCAAGAAAUGUCUGGAGGAGCUUCAGAAACGUUUCAUCCUGAAUUUGCCUUCGUUCAACGCCCGGUUCAUUGACAAGGAUGGUAUCCAUGAAGUAACGAACGUACCCCUCCUCAAGUCAGUGGCCUGAACAACUGUGUUUUCCUUCUCCCAUCUGGAUUUUCGGGUUUUGUUUU